AUGCCUGGAUCACCACCACCAUACCGGCCUAAGGCCGACCUCAUCGCCAGAGGCGUCAAGCGACCAAGUCCUCUUGGCACUUCAACCUUUAUCGGGUUGCGCGCGCUCGAUCCGUUGCUCCAGUAUCGCAUUCUCGCCCAUGGACUCGGAACGGGAUUCCUCGCCAAGCUUGGCAUAUCAACGAUACCUCUCAGCGCAACUGUAGUUACACGAACGGGCUUCAAGAUAAUCGACCAGCUCGGCCUCCCCCUCGAACGUCUCAUCUUACUCGGAAUGGCUGUCGGCUCUGCGGCGAAGCAGAUCUUCUGGCUCACGUACAUAUCGCAAGAGGAAUUCCAGCCAAAACCGGCCGUCAUCGUCUCCGCGUUCAACUCCUUCUGCAACAGCGCAAACUCCCUGCUACUUCUGACAACCGCCACCUCUGCCGCGCUCUCGACAAAGCCAUUGACGGUUCCCGUGCCUGGCACUCGCGCUAAGCUGUCGCUGCCGGUCGCCGUGGGCACCGUCUUGUAUAUUCUUGGUAUCCUGCUUGAGACCGGCUCAGAGCUGCAGCGCAAGAGGUUCAAGGACAACCCGGAGCACAAGGGCAGGCUCUGCAGAGAGGGCCUUUGGAGCUGGGCCCGGCACAUCAACUAUACCGGAUACACCCUGUGGAGAGGAGGGUAUGCCCUCGCAGCAGGCGGCUGGGUGGCCGGUGCUGCGGUGGUCUCGUUCCACGUGCAUAGCUUUAUCGGCAACGGCAUCGUCUCGCUCGACUACUACAUGAGCCGCCGGUACAAGGACCAGUGGGGCCGCUACAAGGAGGACGUCAAGUGGAAGCUUGUGCCUGGCCUCUACUGA